AUGGGCGAUCACACGAUAAACAAAGUUUAUCCGAUGGCAGAUGCGAAAAGUAGGGUAACAGUAACACCGGCUCAACCAUCAUCAAGCCUCGGCCACCACCUAAGACCACCAUCGGAGCCACCACAACCACCACAAACAAAAACCAUGCACACACAUACACAAACAAAUGGAGAUCAGAAAAUAAACAAAAUUCAUGCGAAUGCCAAGAGUGUCGUAGCACCACCUCUCAACCACCACCUAAGACGUCCACCAUUGCCACCAACACACACAAAAAAACAAAAGAGAUCUUCAUGUUGCAAAUGCAUAUGUUGGACACUAUGCAUGCUGAUCACUCUAUUGAUUAUUUUUGCAGCCAUUAUCGGCAUAUUGUACCUUGUAUUUAAACCAAAGAUACCCAACUACUCUGUCGACCGUUUGACAAUAUCCCAAUUAACUCUAAAUCUUGAUUUAUCCCUCUACGCAAGAUUUAACGUCCAGAUAACUGCCACCAAUCCAAACAAGAAAAUCGGAAUUUUUUACCAAAAAGGGAGUCAUUUAAGCGUGUGGUACAAGAACACGAACCUAUGUCAAGGUUCGCUGCCUGUAUUCUACCAAGGUCAUCAGAACAAAACCGUGCUAAAUGUGGCGUUAUCGGGUCAAAACCAAUAUGGGCGGACGUUAUUGGCGGCAUUACAAGAACAACAACAAACGGGUCAGAUUCCGUUAGACCUUAAAGUGGAUGUUCCGGUGAAGAUUGAACUUGGAAAACUGAAGUUGAUGAAGGUGAGAAUAUUGGGAAAAUGCAUGUUGGUAGUUGAUAAUCUGUCUGCAAAUAAUAAGAUUAGCAUCAAAGCAACUAGUUGCAAGUUUAGGCUAAAGUUAUGA